AUGGGACGGAGCUGCUCCUUCCUCCUGCUGCUGCUCCUCCUGCCCCCGGGGCCGGGAGCCGCCUUCUCGCUUCUGCGGUACCGCUACGACUGCGGAGACUAUGGCAUGCAGCUGCUGGCGUACCCCACCCGCGGCCGCACCGUCCGCUUCAAAGUCAUGGACGAGUUCGGUACCCACUUUGACGUGGCCAACUGCUCCAUCUGCCUCCACUGGCUCAACACCGGGGCGGAUGGUGCCGUUGUCUUCUCCUCUGGCUACGAGGGCUGCCACGUCCUGGUGAAGGAGGACCGCUACGUCCUGAGGGUGCAGCUGGAGGAGAUGCUGCUCAGCGGGGUCCUGGCCGCCUCCUAUGAAGUCAACAUGACCUGCCCGCAGCCGGGGGACUACGAAAGCCACACGGACGGCAAUGGGCACACCGAGCACCGGGCUGGUCGGGGCAACAACGUCCACCAUUCCCAGGCUGACGUCCUUGUCCCCCUGUCCCAGCCUGGUCUCCUGCGCCACGUGUCCCAGUCCGCCCUCACCCUCCCGGGACCCCAGCUCUCUCCCCAAGCCCACUCGGAGCAGGGUCACCCCGUGGCUCACACCCAGCCGGUCCUGGUGCACCCCGGGCUGCAGCCCCAACCCCAGCCCAGCCUGGUUCGCCCGGGGCUUCAGUCCCAGCCAGGGAUGGGUCACCCCAUCGCCCAACCCCAGCAGGGCUUAAUACGCCCGGGCACGCAGCUCCCAGCCCAGCCUGGGCUGCUGCACCCUGGGGCUCAAACCCAACCGGGACUUCUCCGUCCAGGGGUUCAGACCCAAAACCAGCCUGGGCUGCUGCACCCCGGGGCUCAAACCCAACUGGGACUUCUCCGUCCGGGGCUUCAGACCCAAAACCAGCCUGGGCUGCUGCACCCCGGAGCUCAGACCCAACCGGGACUUCUCCGUCCGGGGGUUCAGACCCAAAACCAGCCUGGGCUGCUGCACCCCGGAGCUCAGAUGCAACCGGGACUUCUCCGUCCAGGGGUUCAGACCCAAAACCAGCCUGGGCUGCUGCACCCCGGAGCUCAGACCCAACCGGGACUUCUCCAUCCGGGGGUUCAGACCCAAAACCAGCCUGGGCUGCUGCACCCCGGAGCUCAAACCCAACCAGGACUUCUCCAUCCGGGAGUUCAGACCCGAAACCAGCCUGGGCUGCUGCACCCCGGUAUCCAGUCUGGCUUAAUGCACUCUGGUGCUCAGACUCAAGCAGGCUUUGUACGCCCAGGAGCUCAGCCCCAAAGCCAGCCGGGUUUAGCUCGUCCCAGCCUUCAGACCCACUCCCAAGCUGGUCUCCUCCGUCCUGGGCUCCAGAACCAAGCUGGGCUGCCUCACCCUGGCCCCCAGCCCCAGUCCCGGCCAGGUCUGCUGCACCCGGCUCUCCAGAGCCAAGCUGGGCUGGUACAUCCCGGCCAUCCACGACCGGGUCUAACGCGCCCGGGACUCCAGUCCCGACCGGGUUUGGUACGCCCGGGACUUCAGGCUCAGCUCCAGCCGGGUCUGCCCAGUCUGCUGCAAUCCACGGCUCUCUUCUACCCCUCGGCAGGGGCAGGCACCCAGCUGACACGGGAGCAGUGCCAGGUGGCGGUGGGGAGGAUGCCCUGCGUGGCCCCGCAGGGCCGGGAGGCAUGCCUGCAGGCGGGCUGCUGCUACGACGACAUGGACCGCAUCGCGCCCUGCUAUUACGGCAACACGGCCACCGUGCAGUGCCUGCUGGACGGGCAUUUCGUCCUGGUGGUGCCACGGGGUCUCGCCACCCAACCCUACAACCUGGACAGCGUGCGCCUUGCCAGCACCCAGGCCGGCUGCGAGCCCGUCAGGGUGACGGAGACCUUCGUGAUGUUCCGCUUCCCCGUCACGCAGUGCGGCACCACCGUCCAGGCAAUCGAGGACCGGCUGAUCUACGAGAACCAGCUGAUCUCUACCAUCGAUGUCCAGGGGUCCCCCCGCGGCUCCAUCACGCGGGACAGCAUCUACAUCCUCCAAGCUCGCUGCAUCUACAACGCCAGCGACCUCCUGCCGCUCCGCAUGGAGGUGGCCGUGCCCCCCACGGCUGCCCCCCUGGCCAUGCCGGGGCCGCUCGGGCUCCAGCUGCGCAUCGCCACCGACGAGAGCUACAGCUCCUACCACCCCGACGGCGACUACCCCUUGGUGAGGGUGCUCCGGGACCCCAUCUACGUGGAGGUUCGCCUCCUGCAGAAGACGGACCCCAACCUGGUGCUGGUCCUGCACCACUGCUGGGCGUCCCCCAGCACCGACGCCGCGGCCGAGCCCCAGUGGCCCAUCCUGGUGGACGGGUGCCCCUUCGCAGGGGACAACUACAGGACCCAGCUCGUGCCCGUGGGACCGGCCUCGCCGCAGCUGCCCUUCCCAAGCCACUACCAGCGCUUCGUCAUCUCCACCUUCACCUUCGUGGAGCCCCCCUCCAUGGCGGUGCUGGAGGGAGAGGUGUACAUCUCAUGCAGCGCUUCCGUGUGCCACCUCGCCCAGCCCGAGCCCUGCCGGCCCUCCUGCCAGCUGGGAGUGCCCUCCCGAGCGCGUCGGUCUCUGGGGGACAGGAGGAGAGCUGAAGCCACGGGCACAGUCACCUCGCAGGGACACAUCAUCUUCCCAGAGGUCCCCAAGCUGCGGAGAGGCUGA